GGUGUGGGUUGGUUGGUUGGUUGGUUGUUGGCAUGAGGAUUAUGGGGGACAGCCGUUGGGGUGAUGGGGUCAGUGACGUGGGGGAGAGAGCUGCUAGAGGUUUUGCAUGGGAGCAUGAGGUGUAGAGUGUGGCGGGUGGCUUUAAGUUGGGGUCUUGUGCGUUGAGGCGGACCUGCGCCCUUGGCUGAAGCCCUUUGGAGCUGAAGAAAGGACGAAUGGGCAGGGUGCCGAUUACCACUUCGUCCACCGUAAAACAGAGAUGCGGGAGUAUGUGUAAAUGCAGUACAUCCUGAUGCCGUUGGUACGGGAUGUAGAGAUUUCAACAACUAUUGCAGCUGCACGUGUAUGCAUGCUGGCACGGAUAAGAGCACCGAGUUAUCUGCUAGUAUAGGAGAGAUAAGCUCUGCUAGCUAGCCUUGCAUGGCGCGCUGACGUAUCCGUGCAAGAUAAGCAGCUUGUGCAGUAAGCAAUUUGAGCAUAUUGCUACAUAGCAGCGUGUACACAACCACGCUUUGGCCGUUUUGAGUCUCCAGAAACAUGGCUAUACACUUGAGUUCCAUCCCACUCGCACAAUUGUAGACCGGUACCCGGUAGCCGACGUAAGCUUGGCUUAACAAUGUAUGAAUACAUCCAAGCACCUGUUCUGGAACUCGUAGAGCCUCUUCAGGGCGCACUGUUAUACCUGGACGCGGGUGCUGGAGAGAUCGCUCACACGACGCUCGGGCUUCCCUUUCUGCUGGGUUAGUUCCAAACGGGAGCUGCCUUGUAUCCUUUCUCGUCGUUUCAUCUUAUCGUUCUUUCCGGGCAUGCGUACACCUGCAUUCCAGGCCUGGGCGUAACAAAUGUAUGCUCGCUGGAGCUUGCAUCGCCAAACGAUGCGGCCCUGUCGCUGCUUACUAGCGGCAACCCCCCAUCCCGACUGGUGAUCUUCACCACGCAGCUGCUUACGGAGGUCCACCAGCACAUACUCCGAGCAGUCCUGGCUCAUCCCUCCGUCACAUCGGUACACAUCUACUGCUCUGUCACCCAGCACGCGCACGCCUGCCUGUGGGGCUGCGAGCUGGGGGUAGAAGCGUACAGCGAGUAUGCGGAGAUGCUGCAGGACGACCUCCGAAGGUCCGCCGCACCUCCCUCCACCUCCACCCCCAUCCCCGCCCCUGCGCCUCCCUCCCUGCGCGUGUCCUUCCUGCCGCUGCUGGCUUGCUGCCUGGACCCGGGGCUGCUGGUGCUGCCGGCGGGGGGUGCAGCGGCCAGGAGGGGCGUGUGCGGCCCACUGGCUGCCGGCCUGGGACCCCUGCACCCCUCCGCCCCCCUGCACCCCUCCCCCUCCCCCUCCCCCUCGGCACCACCCCCCUCCUCCUCCGGAGCAACAGCAGCAGCGCCGCACAACAACGGCGCCAGCAACAACAACACCAGGCACCAGCACCAGCAACAGCCCUCUCCCCACCACCACCACCACCGCACCAGCUCCCAGCCGCCUGCUGCUGGCCCCCACCCGCUGGAGGGAGAGGGCGGGUCGGAGGGGCUGGCACUCACCGCACAUGUGCUGCUGGCGCUGGCGGCCAGCCUGGGGGCGCCGCGACCCGAGACCUUCCCGCUGGGGCCCGUCAGCGCGGCGCUGGCUGCGGAGAUCGCCUCCCUGCCCAGCGUAGCCAUCUCCCACUCGCUCCCGCCGCACCCCUCGGACGCUUCGUCUUCCUCGUUUCCCGGCUCCUCGUCUUCCUCCCCCGCCUCCCUGGCGCUCAUUUUGGUGGACCGAUCCCUGGACCUGGCCACACCCUGCAGCCACGGGGAUCACCCUUGGGACUUGCUGCUCGCGGCGUCAGCGGCGGAGCAAGCCAUGACCAGCGCUGCAGCGGCAACCGCAGCAACCGCAGCAGCAGCAGCUAACAAGGGGGCCGGUACGACAGGAAAGGCAGCAGCCCCCACGGCGGCGGCGGGGGCUGCAGGGGCGCCUACCAGCGGCAGUGGCAGGGGAGGUGGCGGCACCGGUGGGCAGGCGCAGGGAGUGGAGGCUGUUUGGAGGUCGUUGGACUGGUUGCGAACCCCCCUGCCACCAAGCGCGGAAAGCGAGACCGCUGUUAGCCUCAACUUUCCAUGGCAGCAACAGGCAUCGGAGGAAUCCCAACGGUCAACUGCAACCACCACCGCUGUACGACCAGUCCUCGUCACCAUGCAACCGACGUACAAUUUGUACGGCAUGGAACUUCUCGAUCCAACGGACCGUACGGCAAUCAGUCGCCUGGAAAGCAUUGCUUGGCGGUCAAAAUCCCGCCGAGAGAGCCUAACGGCAUUACGUAAGGCACUCAAGGAGGCCCUACGUACGGAGAAGCUGACACCUGCCGUACGCAGCAAAGCGGGUGCCGUACAGCCGACGGAACUUAGAGGCCUGGCGGAAGCCCUGCUGGGAUCUCCUGGCGCUUGCUCACGGCAUCGGAGUACGGCAGCUCUCGCGCUAGCGGUGGCGGCGGCGCUGGAGUCGACGGCGGCGGCAGCGGCCGACGCGGCAGCGGGGAUCUGUCGUACGAUCCUGGCGGCGUUGGCUGGCGAUGGAGGCGGUGGUGGCGGCGGAGGCGGCGGCGGAGGUGGAGAGGCGGCGGCGGCGGUUUUGAUGGAUGCGUUAGCGGCGGCUAAGGAGGGGUACGUGCCUGGGAAGGGGAGGUGGACGGAAUGUGAAGGAAGCGUACGGGGCAGGGAAGGGCUGGGGAUGAGGGUUCGGAGGGGCCUCUUACGGUGCUGGUAGGAUGCAUGAGGUCAGCAAGGUAAGCAAGAGUUAGACCCU